ACCAAUGCCACCUCAGUAUGCCUCGAGCGUUCGCGAGCGGCGUGCGUGUCGCUGUUUGUUCUAAAUUUCCCAAAAACAGCAACAAUAAUCCCAGUGAUGUGAUUUGAACGUGAGACAAGUGUUGUGUAUUAAUGACGUUUCAGUGAUCGUGUGUGUUAAUGUGAUAGUUUUUUAUUUCUCGUGCAGACGGAACAGGCGAUACCGUUGCGUCCCGCUCCGGUGGUUCAAAUAAUAACGUGGAUAUACAGUGACUGUGUAAUAGUGCACUAAGAUUCAGUACCUCCAAAGACCCGUACGAUGAAUUAUUAAUAUUAAAAUGGAGAGGAAAUUAACAAGGGAAGACUUUAUGCGAAAGAGCUUUCGAGCUCCAAGAGUGUCACCAGUGAGGUAUCCUGAAAACGCCAACGGAGCGCCGCCUCCGUCACCAGUGUCUUUAGCGAUGCUUGAAAGAACUCCACAAAGGACGCAGUAUGAGGUAACAACAUCGGGCAUAGCUCCAAAACGCAUAGAAAUCAAUAGAGCCCAUCCGAUACAUCUGAAGUCGUUUCAAACUCCAGACCCACCAGAUGAAACAGCCCCGGUUCCACCGUCAGACGAGGUGUUACUCAAACUGGAACGGCAGAUUGGUGAAAUGGAGAGGGGGUUGGAAAGAGCGCAGAAUGGAAACGUUUCUGUCGAUGAAAGGGUGCGGUACGCUGAACAUGAGAAUUUGUUGCGUACCGGAGUAUCCUCAGUGGGCGGUGGGGGGUACCUACCAGCGGAUUCUGAUACAGAGCAUGACGUGGUGCCUUUCAAUAGAAAUGAGACUACAAGAAGUAGCACCGGCGGUGCCACGCCGGUACCCAGACCGGCCACAAGACUGGCCAGAACCAAUUCCGAUACACAACAGCAUUCUGUAGCAGCAACAGCUCGUAUGCUUAGAAAAUUAGCUGAUGGUGCACCUAAGGAGGAGAAGACGAAAGUGAUAUCAAGGAAAGCAAUUCAAGCUCGUAUGGAGAGAGUUAAAAAUUCAGUAGUUGGAACGAAACAUGAGCAUCGUGUGUUGGCCGAGCACAGAAAUGAGGCGGCCUCGCCCAGGACACCGGCUUCGCCCAUUUCGGCCAGGGCUUCGUCACAGAGUGCGUCGGAGUCGUCGGCGGGAGCGGGCGGCGGCACGGCGGGCGGCAGCACCCGUGUCUCCUCCAGAUCCAGGGCUUCGGAGGAGCCGCAUAUUGGAAAGUACAAGCUGUUAAAAACAAUUGGCAAAGGCAACUUCGCCAAAGUGAAACUGGCGAAACAUGUCCCGACCGGGAAGGAAGUCGCGAUCAAAAUCAUCGACAAAACACAGCUCAACCCUGGCUCACUGCAGAAACUCUUUAGAGAGGUGAGAAUAAUGAAGAUGCUGGACCAUCCGAACAUAGUGAAGUUGUUCCAGGUCAUCGAGACCGAGAAGACACUGUAUCUGGUCAUGGAGUACGCUUCCGGGGGAGAGGUGUUCGACUACCUAGUUCUGCACGGCCGCAUGAAGGAGAAGGAGGCUCGCGCCAAAUUCAGACAGAUCGUGUCCGCCGUGCAGUACUGCCAUCAGAAGAGGAUUAUACAUAGAGAUCUCAAGGCUGAGAACCUCCUCUUAGACGGGGAGAUGAACAUAAAGAUAGCAGAUUUCGGUUUCUCCAACGAGUUCACUCCGGGCGCCAAGUUGGACACUUUCUGCGGCAGCCCGCCCUACGCCGCGCCGGAGCUGUUCCAGGGCAAGAAAUACGACGGUCCCGAGGUGGACGUGUGGUCGCUGGGGGUGAUCCUGUACACGCUGGUGUCGGGGUCGCUGCCCUUCGACGGCUCCACCCUGAGGGAACUGCGGGAGAGGGUGCUCAGAGGGAAAUACAGAAUACCAUUCUACAUGUCGACGGAUUGUGAGAACCUCUUGAAGAAGUUCCUGGUCCUGAAUCCGGCCAAGCGGGCGUCCCUUGAGAGUAUAAUGCGGGACAAGUGGAUGAACACGGGCUACGAGGAGGACGAGCUGAGGCCGUACGUGGAGCCGCAGCAGGACUUCAAGGACCACAAACGGAUAGAGGCGCUAGUGUGCCUGGGGUACAACAGACAAGAUAUCGAAUGUUCGCUCGCCGAAGCCAAGUACGACGACGUGUUCGCCACGUAUUUACUUCUCGGAAGGAAAAGCACCGAUCCGGAGUCCGACGGCAGCCGCUCCGGCUCGUCGCUGUCGCUGCGCACCGCCGCGGCCGCGCAGCAGCAGCCGCAGCAGACCAACGCGCAUCAAGGAAUGGCGGGCUCGCCGUCGCACCGCGGCGUCCAGCGUUCGAUCUCGGCGACCGCGCGCCCCGCCGCCUCGCGCCGCGCCUCCUCUGGCGCUGAAGUUCUGAGGACGCAAGUUGGCACGACCACAACGGCCGCAAACAACACGACGUCGACGGCCACCACGACGACGUCUAAUUUUAAAAGACAGAAUACAAUUGACUCGGCAUCCAUAAAGGAGAACACUGCUCGGAUUGCCCAAAUGCAGGUACAAAGUUCCACUCGUCCGACGAGCGCGCAGCCCAAGCUGGAGCCGCGCUCGCGCACGCUGGCGGGCGGCGCGCGCCGGCCGCCGGCGGACGCGCAGCCCGCCGCCAACGCCGCCAAAAUGUCGCCGCCGCAUGACGCCAACAGUUCGGCCGGAACGCCGGACGCAAAGAACGGGGCGGCCAACGGCGCAAGCGCAGCCGGUAAAACUCACGUGAAAAGCGCGUCGAUCUCGUCCGCCAGCGGCGCCCCCCCGCUGGGCGCUGACUCGGCGCCGCACAACGCUUCCGCGAGGGACCUGGCGCAGCCCCGUGCGAGUCUUAACUCGACAAUAGGCGGCGGCGGCGCCACCGGCGCCACGGGGGCCGCCCGGAGGGACUUCCCCAACCCCAUGGUGUUCCCCAGGAACGUACCCUCCAGGUCCACCUUCCAUUCAGGUCAAACGCGAUCACGCGGCUCCUCUGGCGGAGCGUAUGGCGACGGUGGCUCCCCCCACCAGGCGAGACCCUCAUUUUUCUCCAAGCUUUCGUCCAGGUUCUCCAAACGGUUGAAUCAGAACCCGUGAGCCGCGUCGUCCGAGGAUCGCCCUGUUCAACGGCACUGUCUUAGCGUAACGGAACGACGUGCUAUAUUUAUCUGUCCAUAAGUUGUGCGCUAAAGUAAUGAAAAAAAAAAUAAUUUGAAUUUCAUUUGGAAUUGUAAACUUGAAUAAUGCAAUUUUAAUAACUGUUAUUGUAGUAUUCGGUUGUGAGAUUUUUUUUGUCAAUUGGAAGAAUAGUGAUCUAAUUGAAUUUUUUUUUAAAAGUGGCAAAUUUGUGGCAAAUUAUAAUAAUUAUGUAAAUUAAAAAGAAAUACAAAAUACACGUGUAUGUAAUCUAACAAUACAUAGAAUACACACGUGUUUUAGUACAAACGAAUGAACAGAAAAUGUAUGCACGUUUCAAGUACCUAUAUUGAUGUGCAUCAAAUUGCACAGUCGAUAUGUUCUUUUUUUAUUAGAAUAUAAAUUUAAUUAUAAGUGUUGACAACAUAUAAUUGGUUUAAAAAUAUAGAAGGAAGUCCAUCCUCAUUAUGACAUUAUAUUAUUUCGGAAAGUGUAUUGAAAUAAAAGUAAUAAAGCGACGCAAAAAUCUGUUUGUGUGUUAUAUUGUUGAAAUAAAUUUUAUACAAAUUAUCUGACAGUAUUGAAAAAAAAAUAUAUAUACUUAAAAAGACUAAAGUCGUUUGACGACAUCAAAUUUAUAUGACGUGCAAUAUUUAAAAUAAAGAAAAACAAUAUAGCUAGUUUUAUAAUAAAGAAUAAUUUAAAUAGUACGCUUAGUACAAAACCAAUAUAAAAUUUAUUUCAAUUUGUAACGCAUAGAGGAGAACCUAGUCCCGUCGCUUAACGCAUUUCAUCCUAGCUCUUAAGAGAUUCGACUUGUUUAUUGCGAACGAAUUUUCUACAUUCCAGGGUUUCGUUUAUACAUUUUUUUUUAACUGAUUUUAAAUUUUCACAUUGCAUUAUACCAUUUUUAAAUAAUACUUGUAUUAAAAGCGCACGUGACGUACAUUUAUUUUAUCUCCGACGUUUCGUAUCAUGUUACAAUGAUCCGUGGUCACCGAGCGAGAUAAAUAAAGGUACGUUACGUGCGCGUUUAAUACCUGUAUUAUUUUUGAAAAGUAAAAUUUUUUAGGUUCACAAAAAUGCACAAAAUUCUUUAAUGUUUUUUUUUACAUUCGCGAUCGGACUCUUGAUGAUUAAAAAAAUCGACGACUGAAAAUCAUAUUUUGUAUAUUUGUAUUGUUAUACACAUUAUACUUAGAAAAUUUCAGUGACAUAUUGCCUGUUGUUGCAUGUUUGACGUGGACCAUUCAAAGCAAAUCUAUUUCUAAACCGAAGGCGUAUUUUCCAAAUGCCAUCUUGUUGUUAAAAAUAAUUUCCUAGAUAAAUUCUAUGGUCCGCAGAUAUGCAAAAUAAUAUAUUGAUAAGGUGUGAGUGAGAUAUGUCAGUAUAUAGUAUAAGUGAUUGUUAGUGUUUAAGACACAGCCCAUCCUAAUAGCUUGGUACAAAUACUCAGUAGAUGUUACCAUAAGAAAUCUUUAGGCAGCUGUAUUGUUAAGGGGAUAUAUACAAUCCGCAGUGGAUUCCCGACGACCUCCAUGCGAAUGUGAUUUGAUUGUGCCGACCUUUCGUGCAAAAGUAAUGUGGUUAUUCAGAGCUCAAAUCUGGCAAAAAUAUAUAUUUAAAACAAGGUCAUUAACAUUAAACUUUGAUUAUUGAAAUUAUUAGUUUAUUCGAUUAUAUAUAACAAGCAGUUUUUGAAGUUGAUUAAACAUUCACCUGCUUUAGUAUAUUUCAUUCCUAUUUCGUCUCGUUAUAAAGAUAUCUUCUGAUUAAUGUAAUCCUUUGCACUUGUCAAGAAAUCUACAUGCCAAAUUUCAGCUGUUUAAACUCGUGGGUUUUGGCUGUUCGUCUUUAUCAGUCAGCCAUUCGUGUAUUUUAUGUUAUAAUAUAUUAUACAUAGUUGUAUGGAGGCCUGUUGUUGCAUAUUAUUGCGUUUAAAGCGUGUAAUGAUCUCCACAUUAAUGUAGCAAUCACAUUCGUUUUAUUCAAACAACCAGAAGAAAUACGAAGCGAAUGUAUGGGGUCAGUGAGUAAUUCAAAAGUCGAUUUUUUUUUUGCAACAUGAAUAGAGUUGGAAACAUGAACUCGUGAUGGUCGAAAAUAUUUAAACGUAAAAAAGCAAUGUUGAGAUUAAAA